AUGGGGUUCAAGAGCAGUCGGCUGUUGUUGAUUGCUGCGAUAGCACUGAUUGCUGUACCAGUGUCGCCCCAGACUGGCGUGAGCCAGAGUACAGCUCUGCCACAAUGUGUGACCAAUGUUUCGUUACCGAUUCUGCAAUCAUACGCCUGCGAACCAACAGAUACACCAUGCUUCUGCGAUAGCAAGCAAAGCCGGCAACUGAACGACGAGUUGACAGCGGGCCUCAAAGCCAGCUGUAGUCCGGCCAAUGGCAUCGACGCGAAGAAGUUCCAGGCCGAUAUAUGCAGCUACCCCGUACGAGAUUUGGCAGGCACAGGCAUAGCAGUCUGCUGGGCCCUCUUCGCUGUCGCAAUCCUCUUCACCAUCUUCCGGGUCAUUUCGAGAUCGAGAAUAUGGGGUGGCGCAGGCUUUUGGUGGGACGACUGGAUGCUCCUGAUAUGCCUACUUCCCAUGACUGGCAUCACAGCAGUCGGGUUUCUGGGCUAUGAGAAUGGCAUGGGAAAAGACUACUGGGAGGUCGGAAUACCUGGAAUCGAAAAGGUCCUGAAAUACUUCUUCGCUGGUCAACCUCUAUACCUCGCCGUUGUGUUCGGCACAAAGAUUUCGCUGGUCCUGCUGUACCUGAGGAUUUUCCUCACUGAUGCGAGAGCAUUGCGGGCUGCGUGCUGGAUUGUGGUCUCGGCGCUGGCGAUGUCUUUGGUCGCUUUCGAAUUCGCGACCAUCUUUCAAUGCAUACCGAUCAGCUACAACUGGACUCGAUUCAACGGAGCCACUGGCCAUUGCACGGAUCAACAAGCUCAAGUGUACGCUGCUGCGGGAAUCAACAUCUUCUUCAAUGUUUUGGUUAUCGUCAUGCCGCUAGGUCAGAUUCUGAGGCUUGGGAUCUCGCCUAUGAAGAAGAUUGGCAUUUGCUCGGUCUUUCUGGUUGGCGUGGUGGUCAUUGCCUGCAGCUGUGUUCGGCUGCAAUAUCUGAUCCGCUACGGCACAGACGAGAACGUCACGUACAACUACACGUACAUCGGAAUCUGGACCUUGAUCGAGGUGCAUCUCAGUAUUGUCUGUGUCUGUAUGCCCGCAACCGCUGGUCUGGCUUACAGAACGUGGAAGUUCGCCCAGGGGGAUGAAGUGGCCACCAUGACCAGACCCGGCACAGCUGCUGAUGGGGAUGAGAAGAAGCUUAUGCGAGUUGGCGGUGUGCCCGCAGCCGAAGAAGGACGAGUCCUUGCGACUGAAGGUCAAGUCAGAGGGCUUGGGUUGCAGGGCGUUGAGGUUGAGUCUACGGAGUCGUCCGAGGACGACCAAAGAGGCUUCUACUUCGAUGGAAAAUUCUUCACCGAAGGCCAGGCACGGGGAGGGGCAUCGGAUGCUGUUCAGAUGAUGACUCUGGACCGCAAUUCUGUCCAGAAGCCCGAAGCAGCACAUCUCAAGGCUCUAAGGGCCGAAGCGGCGGCUGAGCUACGGUCAAUGUCACCCGAUCACCCACAUCUGGCGCGAGGCAGAUCUGUGCCAGGCAAAGAUGACGAUAGGACGGCGACCGCUGCUCUUGAAGACACUGCAUCAGGUGCCGGCAGCGGUAACUCUGACGAGUCUGGAUCCAAGGCCUGUGCUGAUGCCAACGAAGAGCUCGCGGCUAUUCGCGCAGACAUGUCUCUCAAUCCGACUCGCAACCCUACAGAGAACACGACCCGCAAUCCAACGGAGACCACGACCGAACACAACUCCAAGAUCACAUCAAUGAACUCCCCUCAACACGACUCCAACAUCACUUCCCAGACGUUGAGCAGACAAUCAAGCGACAAUGGCGUGAGGCUCCCUACUAGCAACGAGUCACUGAAUCACAGCUUCGACGCAAAGAGCGGGGACACCAGUAACGUCACCUCCGGUAGUCCCUCUACAGCCAAUAUCAAUGAGAAUCAUCCGCUCAGGUCGCAAGGCGUUUCUAUGCCAAACAGCAGACCUACCACACCAUCGGGCGAUCACAGGAGGGCUGAAAUGACUCGAUCUGCAUCUUCAAGUCUGUUCAACAGCAGGCGAGCCUCAGGCGAGCACGCAGAGCAGAUUCUCAAGAAUGCUCAUCAGCGUGAGGAGCAGAAGCAGAACGGAAGGCCCCGUGAAGUGACAAGAUCGGCAUCUAGCAGUUUGUUCAACAGCAUGGUUCCGACCAGGCGUCCCUCCACCGCUGAUGGCGCGCGUAGCAGUGGCGGCAUGAUCAGCACUCCAGACAACAGAGGACAGUCGGGGGAUCUUCGAGCUGCUCGCUAUGCUCGUUCAUAUGUCGCAUACUACGAGCGCCCAUCUCCCGUUCCGAUCCAGCCCUCAAGCGGCCGAAAUGAGAGUGAAGAAUCGCUUAACACGAAGCGCAACAACAACUUCCAGGCAAUUCUCGAGGCGAAACGCCAGUCUUUGAGGUCACGAUCCAAUGAUUCAAGCCUGUUCAAGAACCCCUCGAAUCGUUCAUUCAAGUCUGACCGGUCACGAUCGAUCGAUUCUACUCUGAAGAACCACUCGGAUCGCUCGAUACAGUCUAUUAAUCUCGACAACUUUGAGUCGAUCGGGAACCAGCUUCGGACUGAGUCUGAGCAACGGCUGGCUGUCGAGGCCGCAUACGCCACCCUUGGCGUAGAGCUUGACAUGCCAUUGGGACAAGAUGAUGGUGUACCUGUGGGCGAGGAUCAGACUGGUCCUUGGCCUAACGUUGCAAUGGGCGACACCGAGCCUGAUACUGAGGAGAGCAGCCGCGUGGUCUCGCCGCUCAUUGAUGAUUACAGUAAUAAGCACAGUCACAUCGUGUCACCAAUGUCGCCAGACUACAGGCCUGCCGAUCCCCAGGCUGAUGUGCCACAACGACAGUACAGCCAGCCUCCCAGCCCUGGUCGACCUGGUUUCAGCCAUCAUCCACUGGAGAACAUGAGAACUCAGCCUCUCUUUAGUCGCACAUCCACUGGUAACAGCUCGCACGCGCUUCGGUCGCAGAGCAGACCUGUGUCUAGUGCAGAGGCGAAACGCAACAGCGACUCUGAACGAGCUGCAGCAAUUCUGUGCGAGAUGCAAGGCAACCGCGAUUAUGACGGUCACAGACACCAGUCGACAGACGAGGGCGAAAAGUCCGAAGAGCAUCACACUCAAAGACCAGCUGAGCUAAGCAGAGCGCCAUCCCUUAGGACACAGAUGAGGGCCAUCCAGCAGCCAACGUUUGACCAGCAAGUUCGUGAAAGCCAUGCAAACAUUGACGAACCACCGUCAAUGCGCGGUCACAUGUUCCCUGGCACCAGCGAGGAGCAGCCACCAUCGAUUGUGCAACAGCAUCUGGAGCAACUGAGCGCCAUUACAUCCGCUAGCAACGCUAGUGGAGAACGACGAUCGGGCGAUUCGGGCCAGUCUGACGAGACGCAUGACUCGACCUACUCGUCUGCCGAGUCAGGUGAACUUGACCGAAAACAACAAGAGCGACUCGAUGCCCAAUAUUCUCCGUCUUCGCCUACUGAUGGUACCUACACCACGGCAGACGAAGAUCAGUCUGUCAGUGACGUUCAUCCUUUGCAAAACUACACAAGCGAGGGUAACCCUUACGAGGCCUCCAACUUGAAGGAUGAUCUCAUGGAUAUCCCUUCGAGAGUUACUGCCGUCGUCGUCGACGGCCCUUCAGGGCGAUAUGAGUUGCGAAGGACCUUGACCGACGUCAGCUUUGACAAGCCGUCGGCCGAAGAGAUUCUCGCCGUCACACCUCAAGAAGGAUGGCGCCACCAGAUCACUGGCCAAAGCUAUUUCCCUGAUCCGCAAAACAUGGCCGACUCCACUGCUGCCAUGCUCCACAAGAUUCCCACCGAGAAGCUCGUCGAGGCUGGUGCUUGGAACAAUGAUGCCGUUCCCACCGAGCAUGUGACAAACCAAGCAGCUACAGCAGGCAGCUGGCACAAUACUGGCGGCUUACCUCGAUCUAGCAGCAACUCCAGGCCAAGGUUCGUGGAAGAGUAUAACACAAAUCGUUGGCGUAGCUUCACACCUAAGCCACCGCCCGAGUCGCGAGGCUCCUCUGUCAACAGCUUUUUCCGCCGUCAGGAAGACAACUCGUACUCUGGCAUCUACAGUGACCGCAAUAACAACGUUUCUCAGGGCUCUGGCUUCCGCCAAUACCCCGAAGACCGAAUCUCGCCACGUCGACCAUCGAGCUUCGAUGGUUCAUUUUACAAUGGUUCGGACAACGGUUCCCGCCAGAACUUCAGGCCACAGUAUGAACAGCAAUUCCCAAUGGAACGACCGCAGUACUCGCGCUACAACUCUGGGCGAAGUUUCCGUCCGCAAUAUGAUGACCGACAGUACUCCAACUACGGCUCUGAACAGAACUAUCGUCCGCGAUACGAUGAUCAAAUUUCACGCUACGAUGAUCGUCAGUUCUCACCCGAGAGGCGUUGGCAUCCCAGGUACGACUCGUACCGGAGCUUCCGUCCACGCAACGAGGAGCAGUUCUCGGAACAGUUCUCGCCACCUAGAGAGUACCAGUCCCGCCCUCAAUCAUAUCACAGCUUUCGUCCACAGAAUGAGGAGCAUUUCUCGCCGCCGCACAGUCUGCAAUCCAGGCGGACCUCCAAUUACAGCUUCCACCCACAAGCCGAAGGACAGUUCUCGCCUCAGAGGCCACAGCCGUCUAGGUACUCGUCCAACUUGUCCGAUGCCAGCUUCAGGCAAUGGAAAUCGAAUCAUCAGUACCAGCCGACUGGACCUCAUCCAACAGAAGAGAUCAUGUCUCUGAUUGCUCAGCACGAGAUGUGGAAUGAGCGCAAUCCUACUGAAUUCAGCCGAGAUGGCACUGAGCCAUCGCAGGCCGUCAACCUGGAGCGCAAGUCAAACGAGCGGCUAGCAUUCAUGGAGAAUGAGCUUCCAGAUCUAGAAGCCGUGGACUACUCACGUUCAUCCUCAUACCAGAACUCUCGCUCUACGUCGCAGCAAGAAGACCCUGGCUCGCCUGGCAUCAGCGUGCCCCAGCUUGAGUCUGAUGUCAAGGCAGAACACAGGGACCUAUCUGACGACUGGAAUCGGAUUCAGAAGCAACAGGAACAAGAACGACGAGAUCGUAGAACAUCUGGGUACCAGUCAUCGGAAGGUCAGCGAUCGCGCACCGACAACGAUGCCGCAUCGGAAGCCAGCACCCAGAAGUGGAACCCUAUACGCCCUGCAUCGCAGCAGACGAGCAAUUCGACGCUGCGGCCGACUUCGACCUCAUCGAACAAGAGCCAGCGCGACUCUCGCGACUCGUGGUUGGAAGAUCAAGAGGCACGACGACAGAUCGCCGCCACCGACCAAAAGGACGAAAAAGACCGCAAAGCCAGUCGCUACAGUGGUAUCUACGCUUACGAUCCACCGACUGCCGAGAUGGUUUCUGCCAUUGCUGGUCCUACUAACGAGUGGGGCAUUGACCACGAGAAGCCAGUCGGGAUCGUGGCUCCUAUCAAACCACCAUCGCCAGUGAACACAGCUGCGAAGUGGGCUCCUGUCGCAUCACCAGAGGCAUCCAGGUCUAAGGUGCCACAAGUCAAAGACACCAAGGAAGACCUACCGCUUCGUGCCAAUCCAGAACAACCCAAGAUCUCGAGCUUCCAGGAGCAUCGAUCCUCGCAGACUGCGCUGUACAAGCCUCAGCACUCUCGUCAAUCAUCCAGCCUGUCCAACAGCACGAUCGGCAAAAGCCCACAAUCUGAUGAGUACAGACAUGAUGCUGACGAUGGGAGCCAACAAGCCAAGGAUGUUGAGCAAUUUCUCAAGUCAGGAACUGGCUAUGCCACAGGCGAUGCGACCAGUGGCGCUCAGCGUCACUUGAUGGCAUACCAGGACCACAUGGAGGGCAGUCCUGCUUCACGUCUCGCUCAAAAGUCCGCCGAGUCAAGACCCACAACUGCUCUCGAGAACUACCGAGUCGGCUCGCCUGACCUCAAGAAACCUCACAGAGAUCCCCACGAGGCCACGAAGAUGCACGAACAGCUCUCAAACGCCGCACGCAGCGCACAGCAAACCAAGAUCGUAAGCGACUACGAAUCACCCACGGAUACUGGCUUCCCACCUUCUUUAACAACAGAAGAAAGCUCCGAGGAUUCGACCUACUCCUCCACCGACAUGAGUGACUCUGAAGUCUCAUCGCCAAGCCCGCACAAUUCCAUGGACGCCACCUCCACUAUCCCACGCUUCCGCCCAGCAGAAGCGCCAAAGUACCGCUUCAAUGCCGGGACCGCGAAGAAGGGCGAGGACGUACCACGUUACAUCCCCACCGAGGAAGACACCCGCCGCCGCGCCAAAGCUUACGCUCUCGCCCGCCAGAUCAUCCAGAAGAGCAGAGGGUCCAGUAGUAGCAAUGUCCACCAAGAAACUCACCGCCGUCCUUCCACCGCCGAUGGAGACUUCUCAGCACGUCCAUCGCCACCGAAGCAGUUCGAGGCGUUCAGGUCCGACGACAAGAAUCGUCGACAGAAGGCUACUGAUCAUGUCGAGGCAGUGAGCAAGAAGGUUAGUGAGAGGGCCAGCACGACUUCCACCAACUCGAGCGGUUCUUCUGGCUCGGCGCCGUUGAGCGAGCAGUCAUUGAAAGGGAUUGGGUCAAAGCAUGGGCCGGGGCAGAGGGCGUCGGAUGUGGAUGUGAAGACGAGGCCGGGGCAAAAGGGCAGGGAGUUGAGAAUGUCUUGGCAAGGAUAG